AUGAAAAAUAGAUUUUAUAAUUUCAUAAGUAAAAGAUUAUAUACUCGUAGUGGUGGCUUAAGAAAGCCUCAAAAAGUGACUAACGACCCAGAAAGUAUUAAUAGAAAAGUAUACUGGUGUUUUGAACAUAAACCUGUAAAAAGAACAAUUAUUAAUUUAAUCUAUUCACAUAAUGAAUUGAAAAUAUUCUCUAAUUUGUUAAAUCAUCCUACAGUUGGUAGCUCGUUAAUACAUGAAUUAUCUCUCGAUGGUCCUUAUACUGGAUUCUUUCCUUCUAACGAAGCCAUGAAAUUAAUAAAUAUAGAAAGUUUCAAUAAAUUAUAUAACGAUGAAAAUAAAUUAUCAGAAUUUGUUUUAAAUCAUGUUACGAAAGAGUAUUGGCUCUAUAGAGAUUUAUAUGGCUCAUCAUACCAACCGUGGUUAAUGUAUAAUGAAAAAAGGGAAGCUCCAGAAAAAUUAACAAAUUUAUUGAAUAAUGAUUUAAUAGUAAAAAUUGAAGGAGAAUUUAAAGAUUGCAAUCAUUCAAUAUAUUUAAAUGGUUCAAAAAUUAUAAGACCAAAUAUGAAGUGUCACAAUGGCGUUGUGCAUAUAGUAGAUAAGCCCAUCAUUUUUUAA